UUUUUCUGAAUUUUUGAGAUUCUCUGGUGUUUCGGUUGUUGUCCUAUUGCAUUUGAUCUGGAUCUGGUGAUAGUGGAGUACCUUUUGGAAGUUACUCACAAGCUUCGUCUACUUGCCUUUUUUAGCUUCAGCAUACUCGUUUGAGUAUAGUUGUUGAUCUUGAAGCAAAAUCAACUAUGAAGUAAAGAUUUCUCUCGCUAUUAGUCUAGUUGCAGCCUUGGAUUUUUCUAUUCUGGAAGCGAGGAAACGGAGAAAUGUUCGAAUGCAGUACCGUACCUUUUGUUUUUUUUGUUUUUCGAUUAAUAAAUUGUAGGUGUUGAUUGAUGGUCGUUCUGGAGCCUGCUGGUUGCUGUACCCGGGGAAGAGUUCGUUUUAGAUAAGAGAUUGUUGUUUGAUAUUAUUCUGGAAAAUUUGCAUGGUUAUUUUGUUUCUCCUCGGCGUUAGUUGUUAUGGGAUUUGCUAUGUUCGGCUAUAGAUCGUGAUGUGGUUACUUUACCUUUUGAUUAUAUUGGAGAAAAUUGUUUAUUGAGGGCUCUGCUUCGGUUCUUCAACAAUGGUGCUUGGUUUGAAAGGAAAGCAUAGGAGAGGUGAAAUUGUUCACGCUGAUUAUAGGAUCCAUGUUCAGGAUAUAAAGCCCUGGCCACCCUCACAGUCGCUCACGACCCUGCGUUCUGUGUUUAUUCAAUGGGAAAAUGGCGAUCGCCACUCCGGAUCUACGAAUCUUGUUAUUCCGACCAUUGGAUCUAUAGUUGGCGAGGGAAAAAUUGAAUUCAAUGAAUCUUUUAAGUUAUCUGUCGCUCUGGUACGGGACAUACCUGUUAGAGGCAAGGAUGGUGAUACAUUCCAGAGGAACAUUUUGGAAUUCAACUUGUUUGAGUCUCGCAGAGAAAAGACUGCUAAAGGCCAAUUGUUGGCUAGUGCCACCGUAGAUUUGGCUGAAUUUGGUGUCGUGAGAGAGGUAAUGUCUGUUGCUAUUCCAGUGCAUUGCCAGAGGAACUUCAAGAACACACUUCAGCCAAUGUUGUCAAUUAAAAUUCAGCCAAUUUAUAAAGGACAAACCAACAACUCACUAAAGGAUACCCUAUCCAGGAAGAUGUCAUUGGACAGUUUUGAUGGCGAAUCUGUUUCAGCCUCAGACUAUGGAGAUCCAAACAAGAUUGCAUCCUUCACUGAUGAUGAUGUUUCAUCCCACUCUUCCAUGACUACGUCUUCUGCUUUAGAGCCUGAUGGUUGUGUGCCACCUACUGAAGAGGGUGGCCUAAGUACGUCGAUUCAUGGAACUGAUAAUAGACAGGAGCAUGCCUCCAUUUCAAACUUGGAGCCUGAAAAAUCGAAUAUGACACCAGAGAAUGGAAAACAUGGAGGUUUGAAUUUGAAAUCAUCUUCCUCCUCAUCAAUAGAAUUAUCCUCUGAUCCAGGAAGUCCUGAAAAUUGUGCUUCUAUCUCCAACUCUCGAAAGGUCGGUUCAGUUUCAAUUGAUAAAACUGGUAAAAAAAGUUAUACAGUUUACUAUUCUUCACCUCCAAAACAUGAACAGCAUGAGAGUGAUAUCUACAACCAUGGGAAGGUUGAAGUUGCCGAUCAUUUGGCAAAGGAGAGUAAUGGAAGGAAAUUGAACGGGAGGAAUUAUCAGGAGGCUUCAAAUGUUGAAACAGAAGAGGAUGGAGAUGAUUAUCUCUCGGCUAGACAAGGCGAUACUGUAAAGCAGAUUGCUGUGGGAAGUGAUGCAGUUUCAAGCAUAGUUCAGAAAAAUGACAGAUUAAAGCAUGUUAAGUCAGUUCGAUCACCACAUUCAGAUAACAGCUUAGAAAUUGUCAGAAGAAAUGAAAGAAGGGAUCCUAAACCAUAUACAAAGGAUACAAAGAAUUCCGUUUUGGACAGCAAAGUCCAACAAUUACAGAACAAGAUAAAGAAGCUUGAGGGAGAAUUGAGAGAAGCUGCAGCGAUUGAGGCAGCUCUUUACUCUAUAGUUGCUGAACAUGGAAGUUCCAUGAAUAAGGUCCAUGCUCCAGCACGGCGUCUUUCAAGGCUGUAUCUUCAUUCUUGUAGAGAAAGUUCUCAGUCACGGAAGGCCGAUGCUGCUAGAAGUGUGGUUUCUGGAUUUGUUUUGAUAGCAAAAGCUUGUGGAAAUGAUGUGCCCAGAUUGACUUUCUGGUUAUCAAAUUCAAUAGUCCUGAGAACAAUCGUAAGUCAGGAUGCGGUGAGCCUGAAAACACAAGUUUCGUCUGGAUCUCAUUCAAGCAAAAAUGAUGCUAACUGGGAAAGUAGUAAAGCAGCAUCUACACUAAAAUGGAAAGCGGCGUCUCCAAACAAAAGAGAGAAUGGAAAUGGCAGGCAUGGAAGUUCUGGUGACUGGGAAGAUAUACAUACUUUUACAUCUGCCUUAGAAAAGGUUGAGGCUUGGAUCUUCUCCCGUAUCAUUGAGUCCAUCUGGUGGCAGACAUUGACUCCACAUAUGCAGUCGGCGUCAGCAAACACAAUUAAUCAAGUUUCCAGUCCAUCCUCAGGGAAGAGCUAUAAGAGAAAUUCUAGUUCAGUCAAUCAUGAUCAAGGGAACUUUUCAUUGGACCUUUGGAAGAAAGCUUUCAAGGAUGCCUGUGAAAGAAUUUGCCCCGUUCGAGCUGAAGGACAUGAGUGUGGUUGCUUGCCUCUUCUGUCUAGAUUGAUAAUGGAGCAAUGUGUCGCUAGAUUGGAUACAGCAAUGUUCAAUGCUAUUCUUCGUGAUUCUGCCGACGAAAUACCAACUGAUCCUGUAUCGGACCCUAUUAGCGAGUCUAAAGUUCUCCCGAUUCCAGUUGGAAAAUCGAGUUUCGGGGCUGGUGCACUACUUAAAAAUGCAAUUGGAAACUGGUCGAGAUGGCUGACUGAUCUUUUUGGCUUGGACGACGAUGAUCAAUGUGAUGAAAAUAAUAACGACGAAGGGAAAGAUGCUAGCACCCUCAAGUCCUUCCAUCUUCUGAAUGCGUUAAGUGAUCUCAUGAUGCUUCCUAAGGACAUGCUCCUGAGCCAGUCGGUAAGAAAAGAGGUAUGCCCUUCAUUUAGUGCACCAGUAAUCAAGACCAUUCUUGAACAUUUUGUUCCAGACGAGUUUUGCGAAGACCCGAUCCCUGAUGCUGUUCUUGAAGCUCUUGAUAUCGAGGAGGAUCCAUCUGAAGUCGACGACAACUUCGUCACGAGUCUCCCGCACACAGCAGCCUCUGUAUCCUAUCAUCCACCCUCAGUAGCUUCUGUAGUGACAUUCAUUGGCGAGGUCGGUACGAAGCCCGAGCUAAGAAGAAGCGGGUCUUCAGUGCUCAGAAAAUCUAACACCAGUGAUGACGAGCUAGAUGAGUUGAGCUCACCCUUUGCUUCUAUUCUUGACGCUGCAAUUUCUCCAUCAACACCAGCUAGUAGAACUUCUCCCAAUGCUACCAGGUAUGAUCUUCUUCGAGACGUGUGGGGUGAAUAGCGAGUGAAAAAAAAAAAGAAAAAAAAAAGAAGAAGAAUUCAUUAUGACAAAGUUAGAUAGAAGUUGAUCGAUAAAUGCAACAAAAUGAGGAACUGAGGUGUUCUAAGCAGUGGGUUUGGGGAUUGUAUAUUUAUGUAUAGAGUAAGUGACCCGAGUUUCUUGUAGGAUUGUUCAGCCUGAGAUCCAUUUUUUAUCCCUUUCUUUUUUGCAAUGAACUUGUGAAACUAGAAUUAUUGGUAGCAAGGAGUAGCAAGGAAAAUGCUAAACAAGGGUAAGAUUACAUAUAGCAAAUAGCGUAAUGUAUCUGAAUUGAAUUUGAGCAUAGUUUAA